GCCCCGCCCCGCUGCGUCACGACCAGCGUGCUGCGUCACGGCGGUGCGCCGGAAGUGGCUGGGGAUUUCGCCGGAAAUCCCGGAAGUGACAGCUUUGGGGUUUUGCUGCUGGCUCUGACUCCCGUCCUGCGAUGGGUUGCGACGGGGGAACAAUCCCCAAGAGGCAUGAACUGGUGAAGGGGCCGAAGAAGGUUGAGAAGGUCGACAAAGAUGCUGAAUUAGUGGCCCAAUGGAACUAUUGUACUCUAAGUCAGGAAAUAUUAAGACGACCAAUAGUUGCCUGUGAACUUGGCAGACUUUAUAACAAAGAUGCCGUCAUUGAAUUUCUCUUGGACAAAUCUGCAGAAAAGGCUCUUGGGAAGGCAGCAUCUCACAUUAAAAGCAUUAAGAAUGUGACAGAGCUGAAGCUUUCUGAUAAUCCUGCCUGGGAAGGGGAUAAAGGAAACACUAAAGGUGACAAGCACGAUGACCUCCAGCGGGCACGUUUCAUCUGCCCCGUUGUGGGCCUGGAGAUGAAUGGCCGACACAGGUUCUGCUUCCUUCGGUGCUGCGGCUGUGUGUUUUCUGAGCGAGCCUUGAAAGAGAUAAAAGCGGAAGUUUGCCACACGUGUGGGGCUGCCUUCCAGGAGGAUGAUGUCAUCGUGCUCAAUGGCACCAAGGAGGACGUGGACGUGCUGAAGACAAGGAUGGAGGAGAGAAGGCUGAGAGCGAAGCUGGAAAAGAAAACAAAGAAACCCAAGGCAGCAGAGUCUGUUUCAAAACCAGAUGUCAGUGAAGAAGCCCCAGGGCCAUCAAAAGUUAAGACAGGGAAGCCUGAAGAAGCCAGCCUUGAUUCUAGAGAGAAGAAAACCAACUUGGCUCCCAAAAGCACAGCAAUGAAUGAGAGCUCUUCUGGAAAAGCUGGGAAGACUCCCUGUGGAGCCACAAAGAGGUCCAUUGCUGACAGUGAAGAAUCGGAGGCCUACAAGUCCCUCUUUACCACUCACAGCUCUGCCAAGCGCUCCAAGGAGGAGUCUGCCCACUGGGUCACCCACACGUCCUACUGCUUCUGAAGCCCACACUGCCACCGCUCCUGCCCCAGAAGGUUUAGUUUCCACAUAGGCAGGUCACUGUGCGCCUCUGAGUGCACUGCUAUGUGUUCUCUCUAUAGUUCUGUGUCAUAAAGCUGUCCUGGCCAGCCUUCAAGCUGGUGUGGCCACUCUUGAUGUGAGGCGUGUGGGUUCCAGGGGGGACAUGGGAGGGGCUGCACUGUGGCCACUCUUGAUGUGAGGCGUGUGGGUUCCAGGGGGGACAUGGGAGGGGCUGCACAGUGGCCCGAGGUCAUGCUUGCUUCCACCUGCAGGUGCAUUUGGUCCUUUCCACGGCCAGGAAGCCCUGUGGGCUGCACUUUUUAUGCUUGCAAUAACAAGAGACUCCAGAGUCCUCACCGGUGCAGAGUUGGCACAUAUUAACUAAAAUUCUAAUGAUCUUGCUACCAGCAAAAAAUCAAGUAGGCCAAGUGAAACUGGGCUUUAAAAAGGAUGGAUUUCAAAUACACGGUGCCCACUAGAAGCUUUGAAGGGCCUUGUCCCUCUGCUACAGCCCUGGGAGGAGCCAGGAUCCUUGUUGGUCUAGCUAAAUACUGUUAGGGGAGUGUGCCCCAUCUCAUCAUUUCGAAGAUAGCAGAGUCAUAGUUGGGCACCCACUGAUUGGGUUCAAAAAUAAAGCUGGUCUGCCUCUUC